CUGCUACCAAACGCAGCAAACCGGAAGUAGUUACCGCUUAUACAUUUUCUUGGAGAAAUUUUUGGGGUGCGGAAGAUAUGAAUGUAAAGCCAACAGUUGCCUUGAGGGCUAUACUGGUUGGAGGUAUAGCUGCGUUUGCCAAGAUAGCAGGAGCUGCGAAAGCUGCAGGCGGUGUAAAACUGGGUGCAGCCGCGGUGGCUGUGACUGCUGCGGCUGGUGCCACGAUGUCGGGAUCGAAGCAAGAUGCUGCUAACCAGUCAUCCAAAUGAAGGAAAGGUUAGAUACAAGUAGAUAGAAUGGAUUUUUGAAUAAUCUAAUCAUACAAUUGUGUUUCUAAUUUGUUUGUGGGUGGGUUUCUUCCUGCCAUCAUACCAUUCCAGAAUGAUUUCAUUCUUCUGAAAUGGUGACUUGAAUUUGAAUUUGUAGUUGUGCAUUUUUUUGAUAUGGUAUAAAGGUACAUGUAGUAUUUGGUUUGGUUCA